GGAGAAAAGAUGGCGCCCCGCCGCCACCAGGUUGCUUGCAGGGAGCUACGGCCGCCCAAGGGCGCGCGAGGACUUUGCUGAGCGCGGUGAUGCGCUCGGGACACCCCGGUCGGGGCGCGGAUACGUCGAGGCUUACUUCUGAGCCAGCCCCCCUCUUCGCCCUCGGGGCAUUUCCUCCGCGCCUCGCCAUGGAGCAGGGCAGGGAGCCGGCCUCGUAGGAGCCCACCGUCCGGCCCCGCAAGUAGCCCAAGGGCCAUGGGGACUCCUGACACUGGGCACAUCUAUGCAGCCAUUGGACACCUGCAGCAAUCGAUGGCAGAUUGGGCAGCCAAAAACCAGGACAGUCGGCGAGAGCUGAUGGUUAAAUUGCCAGAAGGACAGUAUGUCCUGUGCCGUUGGACUGAUGGACUUUAUUAUCUUGGGAAGAUCAAGAGGGUGAGUGAUGCUAAGCAGAGCUGCCUGGUUACCUUUGAAGAUAACUCCAAAUACUGGGUGCUUUGGAAGGACAUCCAGCAUGCUGGUGUACCUGGUGAAGAACCCAAAUGUAACAUCUGCCUGGGGAAGACAGCAGGCCCUCUGAAUGAGAUCUUGAUCUGUGGGAAAUGUGGCCUGGGUUACCACCAGCAGUGCCACAUCCCACUGGUGGGGAGCCUUGAAGAGUCCUUGACCCCAUGGUUUUGUCGGAGAUGUAUCUUUGUACUGGCUGUGCGGAAAGGUGGUGCGUUACGAAAGGGAGCAAUCGCCAGAGCACUUCAGAUGGUCAAAAUGGUCCGGUGCUAUAAUCUGGAGCAGCUGCAAUGGGAUUCCCUGCACAGAACAAAUCAACAGCAAUGUUACUGCUACUGUGGUGGGCCCGGCGAGUGGUACCUGAAAAUGCUGCAGUGCAGUGAGUGCCGACAGUGGUUUCACGAAGCUUGCAUACAGUGCCUUAACCACCCAAUGCUGUUCGGAGAUCGAUUUUAUAUUUUCUACUGUACAGUGUGCAAUCAGGGUCCGGAGUACCUCAAACGAUUGCCUUUGAGAUGGGUUGAUGUUGUGCAUCUUGCCAUCUACAACCUGAGUGUGCAAAGUAAGAAGAAAUAUUUUGACUUUGAGGAAAUCUUGGCCUUUGUCCAUCACCACUGGGACCAUUUUCAGCUUGGGAAGUUGACAGCAACUCCUGUGGCAGAACAAGGCCCCCUUCUUUUGGAUGCACUAAAUAGUUACAAAAGCAGGUUUCUCUGUGGGAAGGAGAUCAAGAAAAAGAAAUGCAUCUUCCGCUUGCGGGUUCGAGUCCCCCCUAAUCCUCCAAGCAAAAUUCUCCCGGAGAAGUUGGCGGGACUGGUUGGUGGCAGGACGAAUGAGCCGAAGAAAAAGGGGAAACUCGCCUAUUCGCACAAAAGCAGUUUGCUCCCCCACCAAUCCCAGCAUGAAAGGAGAAGGAAAAAGUCCAAAUUCCUCUUGGAGGAUGCAAUUCCAAGUAGCGAUUUUGCCUCUGCUUGGAGCACUAACCAUCACCUGGCCAGCAUCUUCGAUUUCUCCCUGGAUGAAAUUCAGAGUCUAAAAAGUGCCAGCUCAGGCCACGUUUUCCUCUCUGAUGUAGAUUCCAUGGAUGCUGCCAGCACAUCGGGCUCAGCUUCAACUAGCUUGUCCUGUGAAUCAAGAAGGAAUGUCGGUAGCCGGAAGCGCAAACUGUCCGCUAAAACAUACACGCCACUGGACACCAAGCAGAAAUGUUCCGAGCAUCCUCGGAGGAUGGCCCCCCGCUGCUCCUUGGACGACAGCGAGCCAGCCAGCAGUCCGGAUUGCCCGGACAAUGCUAUUGAUUGCCACACUUUGGAGAGCUUGAGCGAAGAUGACUUGUCCCUCUCCCACCUCAAGUCGUCCAUCAGCAACUACUUUGGAGCCACAGGCCGGUUAAUUUGUGGGGAGAAAUAUCAAGUGUUGGCUCGGAGGGUGAGCCCAGAGGGAAAAGUGGAAUAUCUAGUGGAAUGGGAGGGCAACACCCCUUACUGAUGUGUGUCGGGGUCCGGCACGUGGAGCCCUAAGAAAGGAACAGGGUGGGGAUGGGGGAACCAACUCCUAGAGUCGUACGAUCUGGUGGCAAGGCCAGAUUUGCCUUUAACGGCCUCUGUUUCAGGCCAAUUUUCCAGCCUGUCCAAAACUCCCUGCUGUAAACCUUAACUGGGCCCUUUGGGUUGGGCUAAAGAUUGAGGAGGUAAUGUGGGUGGCCAAGUAUUGCUCAAUCUUAGCUUGGUUUGGCCGUUAGGGGGAAAAGGAGGAGCGAAUUCCCAGUGUGGCCCUGUAGAAAUGAUACCAACUGGACAAGACUGGCUUUAUCCAACAUGGUGCCUCUUUUCCCCUGUGGUAAAGGAUAGCAAGAGCCCAAGGGGGAUAAGCAGAUAGCCCUGCCUAGCAUGGGGAACAAGCAGAGGGUUGGCAUUGAAGUGUAAAGCAGGCUGAAAGGAUGGCUUGGGUAGGAAGGCAUGUAAGAAUAGAGCCGAAGAGCAGAACCCAGGUACCCCUUCAAGCCUCUGGGUGCACCCCAAGGAUCCCUUCCCAGUAGAGUUGCAGUUUUAAUGUGACAAAAGGGAGGAAUUAGGAAAUGCAUUAGAAACACACAUUAAUUUGAACUUGACAUUCGGUUGGGGAGGCUCCAGCCUUGUUUGUUUUGGCUUGAUGGUUUUAGGAAUAUGUCUCCAGCUUCCAAGCCAUGUAUAGUCUCGGGCUGGGAAAGGCUCUGCACUACCACCGUUGCAUCUUUUCAUGCCUUGGGAAGAUGCAAACUCAGUUUUGCCUUGGCUCUGAGCAGAACUGCUGCCAUUUUGCCAUUCUGUCUCUUCAUUCAAAGCACGGCGAUCAUUUUCCUGGGUCAUCGGGACAUUUGGUAACCCUGCCUGAGAAGAAAAAUGAGGUUGAGAAGUGUAUUCUCACUAGACUCUGGAAUAAGUAUUAAAAACAAGAUGUCCUCAGCCUCACAACAGCUGGAAUUUGUGAUCUUCUGCUGGGUGUUUUUGAAACUGGUUGUUUAGGGCCAGAUUUUUUCUUUGGAAAUUGCUGUAUAGAGGGUUGGUCUGGGGAAGGGUCCCAAUUCCAUGCAGAAGAAACUGGGUUUCCCAGAAUCUCUUAGGCUGUGAGUGUGAAUGUGCAAGGUUGGUGUGACCUUCGGUAGGAGGCUCAUUUAAAAGCUAGUCAGGGCAUAGAUCCAGUGGGAAUUAUAGAGGAUAAAGAGUUUGGGCAAUGGAGAGACAGAACCUGCAUCUCUAAGGCUUUCUCCAGAGAUUGAAGGUGGCACCUUGAAGGUUUAAAGAAAUUUCUUCCUCCCACUGUGGAAGAGGGUUCUGCUUUUCUACCUCAUUCUAAGGGUGCUUGAGAAUUUCUUUUGAAUUUCUCUGGGUGUUUUUGAGCUGAUCUUAUGACUGGAGGUGGUGAAGGGGGCUACUGCUAACUGUUUUCUGUUACGUGCCUUUUCAUGAUUUUGUCUCCUCCUUGGCUGAUCAUACUUCCUAAGUCGGAAAAGCCUCCUGGGCUGAGUGCCAUCCUUGUAUCUCUUCUUGUCCAAGAAGCCAGAAAGCCUGCAGAUGGUUGAGGGAGGAGUUUGUUCCCCCUCUUUCCAUCCUUCUGCAGCCUCCCUGAAAUCCAAAUCUGAAAAACCUUCUGAAGGAGUUUCUUCUCAUGGUCUUCUCUUGAGGUUCAGUGGAAAGAUGAGAAGCCAAGGAGGCUGCAGAUAGCUGGAGCAGAAAUCUAUGAAGAAAGGCAGGACCUUCUUGCUUCUCCCUUGGCUACGAAAUAAUAUAAAAAUGCCACCCUUUAUCCAAGAGAAUGUAAGCCAUGUUCUCUUUUCCUCUGAAAGAAAGUUCAAGAACAAUUUAUUCAUCUAUCCAGCUGAGAGUGGUAGAAAGAAAUACAGGAGGAACUUUUAGCAUGGCACCAAUUAUGCUACAGGUGAACUUGGUGGCAGUGGCUACGAGAGAUGAAGCCUCCCUCCCUCCCUUCCGCCAGUGUCCUUAUGUCCAGUGAGAAAAUGGAGCUGCUGAAAUAAAAUCUACACAUUCGGGAGUACAAGGUGGUAAACCCUGAUCUGGAAGGGUGACCCAGAUCAUUUAGGCUGCACAACAGGGUUGCAUUUUUUCAGUAGUCCUCUAUAAAAUAAUACUUUAUGUACUGACAGGCUAGCAUAUCAGGGUUCUAACACAUUCCUCUUGAACUGGCCCCCUCUUGAACUGGCCCAUUUUGGGUGAGGCUAUUGAACUAAAGAAUGUACUGUCCCGUAAAAAGAGGUUUGCAAUUGUUCGACUGCUUUGGAUGAAAGCCUGAAAUUUGGCUGCUGCAUUUUAAGUGACCAAGGACCCUUCUUCCCUUUUUCAAGUGCCUACAUACAUACAUACAUACAUACAUAUUUGUUAUCAUCCCCAGAAGAAAGGAUUUGCAGAGCAAUUCUGAAUUUAGUUGCAUUUGCCUGCUCCUGUUUGCACAGUUAAGUUCUAGGCCCCUACAGACAAGAGAGGGCCUCUAAAAUAUAUAUUCUUUUUCCUCAAGAGGGAUUUAUUUGUAUGUUUAAUUAUUAUAAUUAUUUUUGCAUUGGUUUGGACUGAACUUGUAAAUGCUUCUGUGCACCUUCACGGUCUCAAGGCUGCUGUUUUUUGAUAACUGACCUUGUGUGUGUUCAUUCCAUUCAAAGUGUAAUUAAUGUGUCAGAUGUACAGCUAUUAAA